CGCUCAAAAACAUCACAUCAUUUACAACAAGGCAGAAGCUGGACAUCACAGAUUUUAUACCAGUGAACCCAAAGCAGCAUCAAGAGCAAAAACCAGCCACUCUAUCUAAUAUUCAGAGACCUGCUGUGUUGAGGAAACAGCUGAAUGAUGAGUGCUGCUCCGAGUCAAACAACACUGGUGUCAAAACUGGAAGCUCUGCAGUGCCACUUCACCUGGGGUCUUGACCCCAGCAAUACCAAACUAUUACAUCUCAGGGACAAGCUGGUGGACAUCGGCACGGAGGAGGGUAACAGCUGGCUGGGUUCCAUUUACAACCUGCGGGGCUUCAUUCAGUACCAGCUCGGGGCCAAUGAAGACGCCCAGAGUUUCUUCAACAAGGCUGCAGAGGCCUUCCGCCAGAUGAGAAAAGCAGAUGACGGUCCCUGGCUGGUGGUGAACUACGGGAACCUGGCUUGGCUGCACCACCACCUGGGAGACCAAGCAGAGAGCGAGGCUUUCCUGUCAAAGGUCGACGCCCUGAUGAAGAAAUACCCACCUCCAUCUCAGGACGAGCUCCAUGCAGAGAUCUACGCUGAAAAAGCCUGGACCCUGAUGAAGUUCCGCACAGACAGAGAGCUGGUUGCAGAUUACUUCCAGAAAGCCAUCAGGAUGCAGCCGGACAUGGUGGAGUGGAACACCAGUCACUUACUGUACAGCAACAAAGGCCUUGAGGCUGACAUCUUGGAGAAAACAAGAGUCGCCAAGGAACAGGAUCCAGAGAACAUGUACCUUGCGCUUUACUACCUUGAGCAACGUGCAAGGAAAGGGGAAGAAGUUGAGGAUGAAGCACGUGAGUUGGCUAGAAAGGUUUUGAGAAAUCCUGUCAGCAGCUACAGUGGUAUAAAAGGGUUACUAAGGGUUUACAGAAACUACUUAUCUAUUGAUGAGGCCAUUGAUUUGGCAGAGGAGGCUCUGAAAAACCAUCCAGAUGUGCGUUAUCUGAAGAGAUGUGCUGCACUCUACUACAAAUGGUUCAUUUAUUCCAGCAAAAGUCCCCCAAAGCAAAGCACAAUAGACCGAGCAAUCAGUCUCCACAAGGAGGUGAUUUCUCUUUACCCUCAUUGUUCGCUUAUGAAAAAAGUAGACGUCGCAAAUAUAUACGCAAAGUCCAAUCACAGCCAGGCUGAAGCUGAGCAGAUGUACCAGGAGCUGCUAAAAGUUGAUCUGGAACCUGCAGAGAAACAGCUGCUGUACAACAACUACGCAAAGUAUUUACACUUCGAUCGACAGCAUUACCAAAGGUCAACAGAGUAUCACAUGAAGGUGGCAGCGAUACCGCACCAAUCCUCCUUUCGUAGGAACAGCAUUAGAACUCUGGUGACUAUUAAAGAGAGACGCUGGAACUUGUGGAGAGAAGUAGAGGAGUUUCUGGAAAACCUGCCAGAGCCAUAAUGGUUUUAACACAGGUUCUAAAAUGUUUUCUGAUGGUUGGUUGAUCCAGAAGGCAGUAACACCUGACCAACAGCAUGUCAUAUAUGAUCAUCUCAUUGUUUUUUUGUCUUUUCAUAGCUAAGAAAAUUAUAGUAUAUUUCAAACUGUACCUGUAUCUUCAAGAUUUAACACUGUAUGAAUGGCUGAAUCAUUUAUUAAACCUGUAAAGAUUAAUUAUUAUCGACAACCUUUUUGGAGUCAUAUGUUUGGAGUCA